AAGCCAGCCGAUGUACAAUAAUUCCAGAGAGAGGCACCAACCGCAGCUAACACAGGGAUCAAUGGCCGCGUCGGGAGACGACGACAUGGCCGAGCUCGUGAUCUCCUCGCUCCCGCUCGAGACACGGUGUCUGCCGUCCCCGCUGAGGCAGCACGGCGGCUUCUGGUUCUCGGAGCCAUUUCUCCAGGGCAUGGUGGCCGCACACGCACGGUUCAAGGCAAGGCCAUCUGACAUCCUCCUUGUUAGCUUCCCCAAGUCCGGCACCACCUGGCUCAAGGCACUCGCCCUCGCCACGCUCCACCGCACCGACCACCCGCCGCGCGGCCUCGACCACCCGCUCCGCCGCCACAAUCCCCACGACUGCGUCGAGUUUCUUGAGAAGGCCUUCUCCAUGUCUUUGGCUGCGGAGGACAGCGGCGGUGACGUGCUCGCGGCGCUCCCUUCGCCGCGCCUGCUCGCCACCCACAUGCCUUACACGCACAUGCCGAAGAGCGUCACGGCGGAGGGCACCGGGUGUAAGAUCGUGUACAUCUGCCGCGACCCAAAAGACGCGCUCGUCUCCAUGUGGCAAUUCACCAAGAAGAGAUUGGCAUUCGCCGUGGCGGCUCUAGAUGAUCCACCGAAGCCAUACACAAUCGAUGAGAUGUUCGAGCUCUUCUGCGACGGCAGAUGCACCUGCGGCCCGCAAUGGCACCACAUCCUCGGCUACUGGGAGGCGAGCCGGAGGCAGCCGGAGAAGGUGCUCUUCCUCCGGUACGAGGAGAUGCUCCUGGACCCGGUGGGCAACGUGAGGAAGCUGGCAGAGUUCAUGGGGUGCGCGUUCUAGGGCGACGAAGAGGCAGCGGGGGUCCUGUUCGAAGAAAAUGAGCUAGCAAGCUCCAAAUCCUUGAAUCGGUCAAUGAGUGUUCCCUCUACUCCGAACACUGCGU